ACGCAUAAAAAAAAAAAAAAUUGUACAAAUUAAUUGUGUAUACGACGGCGGUUUCGAUAAGAUCAAAAACUCGGCCAAUUGAAAAACGAAUGAAAAAAUAAAUUUGCACGACACUAUAAAACUGUAGUGCGGGUGUAUAAAACUAAAUAUUAUACUAGUGUUUUGCAAAUAAUUUCAUCUAUCCGGUUCGCGUGUAAAAACGCGAUAUUUCGCCACAAGUAUGUUUGCCGCGUUGAUAUUGAUGUGUUUUUUCGCGUUCGGUUCAAUUACCGCUGUGAGUGUGUUCAACAAUAUGACUUAGCAAUACUUAUGUCAGUCCACUGUACAAACCGACCGUUUUAUACCAAUAUUGAAGACAUUUUAUACACACUCGACAUGAAAAACAAGAUGAAGGCCACUGUGUAUUUUUGAUCUCGAAAUUCAAACCCUAAUGAGUAGCUGGCACAGGGUUUUCGGUAUUUUUGGAACGAAAAAUGCGUUUUUUUUUUUUUUUUUUUUUUUUUUUAUUUAUGGGUAAACCUCGACGAUACUUAUAGAAAAAACUAUUAUUAUCAUUUAAUUUCGCUAUCGUAGACAGCGGAGUAUAUCUUUUUUAAAAGAUAAAUUACAAGCAGCAACGAUCAACUGUGAUAGGGAUAACGGUGGAAACGGGAUAUAAUGAAUUUCUUUAGUACUGUGUAUACAUUUUAUUUUAUGAAAAACUAUUGCGUUCUGUCGUUUUUAACAGUGAUAAAAAAUUCAGAAAAAAAAAUAUAACCUAAUAAUCAAUGCAUGUAACAGAUUCGACGUGAAAUACAUUUUUUCCCCGAGUAUUCACAAACAUUCCGACAGGCCCAUGUACCCAAAAGGUGUUGAAAUAUUGAAUUAUUCGAAUAGUUAAACAUUGUUAGUUAUUGAAUAUUGUAUUUAAAAUACGAGCAUAGCAGUGCACAAAAAGUGUCAGCGGAUCUAAUUCACGUAAUUUAGCUUGAUAUAUAUACUGCUUUAUAUGUGCCACACUGUCACGCAUGGUAACUGCCCUCCCAUAAAAUUACAUCGUGACGAAAAUUACUUUUUGUUUUACUUGCUAAACAAAUGUAUAAUAAUUUGAAAAUGCGGUGGUGUAAGUGCUACAUUUUCACUAGCCAAGUCAGUUCCUAUCUUUUGUAAAUUUUGCUACCUAUUACACUCUUUACCUACCUUUUUUUUUUUUGGCAUAUCUAGACAAACAUCUAUUAGGGGGUGUGACUAGUAAACAUAAACUUUUUUCGUUUGUAUGUCACAGCACAUAACUCACUUACUUAUUUUGAACUAAGUAUUGAAAUUUGUUAUCCUUUUAUAGAUACUGCUAUAAAAUAAUAUAUGAUGCUAUAAUUUAAUAAUUAUAAUAUCAAAAUGUAUUCUAGGUGUUGAUUACAUAAAAGUAAAAAUAUCAGGUUUUGUAACUAAUCGUAAUACUUAAAUUUAAACAAAACAAUAUAAUUUAACUUGUCAAAUUAUUUAUUCAAGUACUGUUACAACAUUUUUACUAAACACUUGAAAAUUUGCAUUUGCACACAAAAAUAGAGACUGAGCCAAAUUACGCCACUGAAUUCAUACAUCAAGGAUAUAAGAAUAACUCUGAUUUCGCAAUUCAUUUGUCGUUGUCUUUUUUCCAUAAUACUCGUAAUAGAAUAACAUUUUUUAUCGGUUAAAAGACAUUUUAGCCAAUAAUUUGUCGAGAAUUUUUUAUUCUAUAAUAUUAUAUAUAAUGCAUAUUAUGUAUUUCUGUGCAGUCAAGCAUCGAUAAGAAAUAUAAUAACCAGAGCGAAAUCAUUGAAGAUAUGUUGGAAUACAUGUUUUCGUGCAUGGACAAAUUGAAAAUAAACCCCGGUAAUCCAUGCGGAUUUUUCGUUUUAAAAAUUUAAAAAAUUAUUUUCAAGAACGUAGUUAUUAGUAUGCAAAAAACAACGUACUAUUUCUAAAUAAUAUUUUUUAUUUUUUUUUGUUUUUAUUAUUAUUUGGGAAAUCUGCAAAAGAAAUUUGCAGUGAUCUGAUAAUGAAGAACAAAGAUCACAGCGACAAAAAAUACGACAACUGUAAGGUAAGUACUUCUAUAAUAUUUGAUGUGGAUAGGUUAAUGGUUCAAAUAUUGUAUCAUUAAUUAUUUCAAUUAAAAUUUAUAAUUAUUGGAGUUUGGUUUAAUUUUGCAGUAUAGAUAUUAAAAACACAAAUAAAUAGUUAAAUAUUUUAAAAUCACCUAAUACUGAUUUUUUCACAGCCAAAUCUAUUAGGAAAUGAUCAUGAAGUGGAUUCGUUUGUGUUAAAAAGGAAAUUUGUCUGAAUUUUAGAUUCAGGGCGUAGCGAGGAAUAUAUGAGUUUUACAAUAUUGAUUAUUUAUUUUUUUAAAUUUUUAUCUGGGUAGUACUUUAGGGAUAAUAAUUGGGAAAAACCAAAAAAAUAGAAAAGUUUACGUAGAUACAUGUAUAAAAAAAACUUUGCUCCGAAUCGUUUUUCGUUAACAAUGGUUUAUCAUUACAUGUAGACAUACAUUAAAUUCCCCUCUAUAUCCUACUUCCCAACUUCUCACCUACAAUAAUUGUAUAAAGUAUGUCCGUCUUUUUAAUCUUAUAUUUGUGGCAUGAUUGUUUCAACUGCAAUGGAAAGGAGUGCUUUAAAUCAUCAGUUUUAAAACUGAUACUCCAGGAAAUUUUAUAAUAUAAUGUUAAAACUUUGUAAUAUCAGCUGUUGAUAACUACACAAACUAUUCUAAUUGCGCCUAAAUUGAUUAGUGGUUCAUGGGUCGGUUUGAUUCAUGUUUCCCGGGCCUAAACAAAAAUCGCCAAUUCGUUUUUGAAUGCGUACCUCGGGGGUUUUUUUGACGAUGCAAAUAAAAACGAGUAAUAGUGAACGAUUCGGACGUGAUUUCAUAUACGUCUUGUAAGGGUUGAAAAUUCGAUUUAUUCGUAUGGUAAAAAAAAAAAUACCCAUUUUUCACAGGUUCCGUAAAACAUGCUCCGAAAAUCCACUAUAUGACAAUACAUAUUUGACGUUUUUCGUUACUCUACAUGUUUCUGUAGAUUUUAUAAUCCAUUUGAUAAAGCCGUUUAUAUAACAAAACAUUCAGACAUUUUAACAUAUUCAAAUUAUUAAAUAAAUGUAAUUGUUUUAAAAAUAUUUACAGAAAUCCAAGCGCUGAGCUUUUACUUACUCGUUUUGAUUUGUCAUCGGUCUUAUUUUGCACUCGCACCUAUGUAAAAUGUAUGUAUCAUUUACAAAAAAAAUCUUCCACCCGGUAAAAAUUACCGUAUUAAAAAUAGGGUAUUAUGUGAUUUCGUUACGAGUUGAUUUGAGUUUGUUCCAACUUAAAUAAAUAAUAAUAAUAAUAAUAUUAUUAUUCGUAGAAAGCCACGACUUAAUUAUCAAAACUUAAAAUUGCGAAUAGAUGAAAUAUAAUAUUAACGGUGUUUUCGUUUCAGUGCUUCGGUCCGUGCAUAGCAAAAGAAAUUGGAACGGUAUGUACUGCACCGCAAUCAUCUUACUUAUAGGGAUCAAAAUUUCUGGGAAAUUGUUGUGGAAGUAAACAUAUAUAUUUUCGAGAAAUUUUCUUGUAUUUUGAUCCUUUAUCUGUACGGUUUCGUAUAUUAUUGUAAACGUGUCCCACACUACUUUCGUACAUCGUUUCGUCGGUUUUACAGAUGGAUCCAGAAACGGGGAAAUGGAAUUGGGCCAAAUUAAAGGAGAUGUCGAAUUUGCUGACCGACCAAACGCUCAUUAACGAGGCGAAGAAUAUGGAAGCCCACUGUUUCGACGGUAACGAUACGUUAUUUCGUAAAAUUAGUCUAGGCUAAAAUUUAAAAAAACAAAUCUUCGCUUUUAUCGACUUUAACGUGCGCCAGAAAAACUCCCAAUGGUGGUUUUCGUUUUUAAAUAUAAUUAUUAACUGCACCAUUUUUUUAGUCACAAAAACUAAACACAUUUUUUGUUUAAACCGAAUAUAAAGAUAUGAGUGCGGCAAUAUAACUUGAGAAAACCUUUGUUUUUCGAUUUUUAACAUUUCCCAGAGAGAAAUGCUUUUCCUCAACAGGUUCCCAUGUCAUCCCCAUUCCUUUUAAUCGCCUCCUUGUAUUUGUAUUUAUAUGCGUUCCUGUUUUACAUUUUACAGAAACUAAUACCCAUUGUGAAGCCGGUUACGCGAUGUUAAAAUGCGCUCUGGAAAACUCGCAAAUGGUAAAAACUAUGCGUUUUCGCUUCUAAACUUAACAAUAAUGUUUUCCACGUUUUUUCGCAGACUAAGGACAUGGUGAAAAGUUACGUGGCCACCAAAGAAGAAUCGGAAAAAAACCAAGGUGAUGAGUGAUAACACUUUCACCCUUACAGUUUUCAGUCGUGUCGAAC